AUGAACCCACUCUUUCGCCUCCUCGGCCUCAGUCGAGCGAUCAUCCUCUACGUCGAUCCUACAGGCUACGAGCGCGGCCGUGUGCUCGAGACGUGUGCGGCACGCCAUUUCCACGUUGUGGAGGUGUUUUCGCCUCCGUUUGCGUCGCGAUUCAGCGGAGAGGUCGAGGGCGUGCUUGCCGCUCCAGAAGCUGGCGAGGAGUGCACAUGGGCGGAAACAUUAACAGGACGGCGCGGGCGCAUCGUCGCCGUGUGCUGUGGCAGCGACGACGGCCUCGCCACCGCAGAGCGGCUGGCAGCGGCAUUAACGCCUCGUUGCUCCAAUGGUAUCAACGUCGCUCGACGCGACAAGUACCUCAUGCACGAGGCGCUGCGAGCGGCGGGGCUACGUGCCGCACAGCAGCGUGUCGUCUCGCGUUGGGAGGAGGAGGGAGAGCCGUUCGUGCGAGAGCUGCUUGCGGCGCCAUUGGAGCGCGGGGUCGUGUGCAAGCCCCGACGAGGGCAAGCCUCGAUCAGGGUCAGCCUUGCGGACAGUGUGGCUACGGCGGGGCGGCAGUGUCGGGCGCUACUCGCCGCUCCCGUCGCGCUGCUCCGGGGCGACGACGAGGCCGGCUCGCCCUCCGUGCUGCUGCAGGAGGAGCUUCGAGGGCGGGAGUGGGUGGUCGACAGCGUGAGCCGGGACGGGGAGCACAAGGUGGUCGCCCUCUGGCGCUACUCCAAGGCGAGCUUGAACGGCGCGCCCUUUGUCAACCUGUGCGACGAACUGCGGCCGGCAAACGACGCCGACGACGAGGCGCUGAUGGAGUACGCGCGGCGUGUCCUCGACGCGCUAGGCGUGAGAUGGGGCCCCGCCCACCUGGAGAUCAAGCGGCCCGCGUCCGGGCCGGUGCUGGUCGAGGCGAACGUCGGCCGGUGGAACGGGGUCGACUUCAAGCUGCUCGCAGACGCAUGCCUCGGAUACAACGCCUACGAGGCAACUCUGGACGCCUUCACCGACCGCCGCCGCUGGGAGGCGUUGCCAGCGACGCCGCCUCCGGCGCUAGGUGGCGCCGGCCGGCACGCCGAAGAGUUGGCCGAGCUGCCCUCGCUGGUGCGGUUCGAGACCGAGGCCACCGAUCCAGGCGACCGGGUCAAGCGGACUGUCGACCUCGACACAUGCGCCGGCUUGGCCGUGCUCCUCCACGCGGACGCCGCGCAAGUCGAGGCCGACUACGCGCGGCUGAGGGCGCUGCAGCCGACACUGUUCGAGGUGGAGUCUGUGGAGACCGGGGACGGGGUGGCAUGA